AAAUUUGUAAGUAUUUAUCCCCCAAAUAUAUAGUGCUUUAAAAUUGUUUUUCGGGUUAGUCCAUUAAAACAAUUCGUUAGGCCUAAUAGACCCUUUCAAACAGUGAGUAUUAAUAACGAAACCGCCUGCUUCUCCGUCUUUGAACUUGGCCAGGCUAUAAAGACAGUGAUAUUUAUGGCCUUUUAUCAUAAACAGCCCGUUUCAAUUAAUUUAAAUAUUUCCAUUUGUCACGGUAUCAGCUGUCUAGGAAGCUUUUUGGCGAAGUUUUGCUUGAAUUUAAAUGUUCAUCUCGAAUUCCAAGUGCAAUGCUUCUGAAAAAAGUCGUAAAUUAGCAAGUUUAUAUCUAUUAAGCGAACUGUGACGGUUGCAUAGAAAGUUUCGAUCUGAAACUAAAUAAAAAUACACGUUUUUCUCAUAUAGCAUGUGACAACACUUUGAAUGCAUUUCGGCUCGGGAAUCACACAGUUUUCGUGCAUUUACAAACCCAUCUUGCACAGAAUUAACGUUAACGCUUAACUUAUGAAUCGAAUUUCCAUCGGAAACCUAUUCGACCCCAAGCUGUCACUAAGCCGUGCAUUUAAAUAUUUAUUUAUCCAUGACAUUUUUUGGUAUCGCCUUUUGUUUGCCUAGCCUGGGGUCUUCGCUUAUAUAGUGUCAAGUUCAUAUCUCUGAAAUAUUCAGAAUACUCGACGCAACUAUUUCUACGGCAAGCUUGGCUUAGAUUUCGUGUGAUUGUUUAUGGUUUAUUUGAGUGUGGAGAAAUAAUCAAUAUAUAUAUUAUAUAUCUGAUAAUUCCUUAAAAUAGUAAACUCAAUAAUAUUUUUGGAAAUUACAAAAAAAAAAUCUAAUAAAAGAAGUAUUUCUGAAAUUUGUCACUUCUGGACAUUUAAAAAGGUGACAAAAAGGUGAUUAAAAAUUAAAUUAUAUUUGUAAUUUCAAUGACUCCCAAACAAAGGAUGAUUUAAUACAAAUAUGCAGUGCCACUUUCAAUAAAGGUUUCCCAUAUGCACGGCUUGAACUACUGCACUCGGUCACGCUCUUAGAGAGUGAUUUCGUCUGCAGCAGAGUGGUCCAGUUCAAUCUGGUUUGGGUCAGCCAGAGGUCUUAGCACAUUACCUGGCCAAAGACGGCGUCGUAAGAGGUGAAAAACCCCCUACUGGAUGGUCUCGAAGACAAAGGAAAAGAUACCUGUACCUGUUCCUUUUAAUAAGUGGAAAAUUUCGUCAGGAAAGUCCCAAAAAUGUAGGGUCCAUAAUUUGGGUAUUUUUUGUGGACUCCCCCGCUCAGAGUUCUGGGUAACUUUCCAUUCCAGUUAUUCAGAGGUAUAUCGGUGGAGAAAUAAUAAUAACAAGCAACAAAAACUGUUGACCGCUCUCACGUGUUGGUCGAAUGCUUUCAAAACAAAAAGUGCCGAGCCAGGCAAAUAAUUAUGGACUAAUACGAAAAGAAUUUACAACUUCCUUUCCUUUCUUCUCCCCGAUCAGCGAAAAUCCGAAAUCGGAGACACAAGCAGCACUAAGUGCUUCGAAAAGGGAACGAAUCACGCAAUGGGAACUCAUCACUUCUGUCUUUAUCCAUUUCCCCCAGGCUCGAUUAUCAGUUCAGCCAGCUAGGUUCCCCUAGACAAGACAACAACAAUAAUGUCGGGCCCAAAACUGAGGCUCGCCGACGACUCGAUAUACUACGGGAAACAACAAUGACGAAGACGCCGAACAACAAUAACACAGCGGAGCGUCAACAAAGUUUUGAUUUUAUAAAAGACAAGGUUCGCAUCAAGUACAAAACAGUUUCGUUCGAAACGCUGCCGUGUGAAGAGCACACCGACCAGAACCGAGCGGGCGAGCGUCGAGCAUCUUUCAGAUACUUUCUACCUACCUACUUGCUACCUAGCAUCUAGCCGUACAGACUAAAUAGAUGCAUCUACGACCAUACGCGAGUGUCUGCAGUAUAUCUAGUGUCACCUGGUGUCACCCCGGCAGCAACUGUUAUACGGGGAACCCCAAUUAACCUGAAUUUCGAUCGCAGUGUUUUUAUUUAUUUUUGUAUCCGAACGCGGACCAAAGAUGAAGUCAAAUCCGGCCUCGGAUCAUGUGUACUUCAACGACGGCUUCAAGUGCUCAACGAUCAGCAUCAGUACCAAUCUCACGGAUCAGAAUGGCAGUGGCAACAGCGUGGGCUCCCAAGGAUCCAAGGAGUUCAUUCUGACCGAGGACGGCAAGAAGGUGAAGCCACCGCUGAGCACGCUCGGCUGCACCCGGAGCUGGCUGCAGGACUGUAGCCGGCGCACCUUCAACCGCAAGACCCUGCACAAGCGCCUGCCCAUCGUCAGCUGGCUGCCACGUUAUAACAGCCAGGAUGCAGUGGGCGACCUAGUCGCGGGCAUAACCGUGGGUCUUACCGUCAUUCCACAGGCGCUGGCCUAUGCGGGCAUCGCAGGUUUACCCGUUGCUUAUGGUCUAUAUGGCUCUUUUGUGGGCUGCUUCGUAUAUAUCUUUCUGGGCAGCUGCAAGGAUGUGCCAAUGGGUCCUUCGGCUAUUGUGGCGCUGCUUACAUACCAAGCUGCCCAGGGAUCGUGGCAGAAGUCCGUCCUUCUCUGCCUUCUCAGCGGAAUAGUGGAGCUGCUAAUGGGUCUGUUCGGGCUGGGAUUUCUCAUAGACUUUGUGUCGGGUCCAGUCUCCUCGGGCUUCACCUCCGCCGUCUCUCUCAUCAUCCUCACCUCGCAAAUCCAAAGCGUACUGGGAAUCACGGCCAAGGGCAACACCUUCGUAGAGAUCUGGACACAGGUCUUCCACAACAUUGAGCACACGCGGGCGGGAGACACGGUCCUCGGACUCACCUGUAUUGUAGUGCUGUUGCUCAUGCGCAGCCUCUCCUCCUGCCGCAUUGGACCAGCGAAUGACGAAGAGUGCUCCGCUUUCCAGCGGGCGGUUAACAAGAUUCUGUGGAUCGUAGGAACCGCUCGCAACGCCAUCCUGGUGGUCGUGUGCUGUGCCAUGGGUUACAUGCUCCACAGCGAGGAGCACGGUGCCCCCUUCAGAGUUGUGGGGGAUAUUCCACCUGGUCUGCCCAGUCUGCAGUUGCCGCCCACCUCGCUGAGUGCCAAUGAGACGAGCAAUGGCGUCGCCCAGGGAUUCGUGGAGAUGGUGCACAGUAUGGGCUCCGGCCUAGUGGUGAUUCCCCUGAUCUCACUAAUGGAAAACAUUGCCAUUUGUAAGGCCUUCGCCAACGGUAAGCCGGUGGAUGCCUCCCAGGAGCUGAUCGCCAUUGGAACAGCCAACAUCUUCAACUCCUUUGUCCAGGCUUUCCCAGGAACUGGAGCCUUGAGUCGAGGAGCAGUGAACAACGCCAGCGGAGUCCGCACGCCCCUGAGCAACAUUUACUCGGGUGGUCUGGUGAUGAUCGCACUUGUAUUCCUUACCCCCUACUUCUACUUUAUUCCCCGGCCCACACUUGCCGCCAUCAUCAUAGCCGCAGUGGUGUUCAUGAUUGAGGUCAGGGUGGUCAAGCCCAUGUGGAGAUCGAAGAGAAGUGAUCUAGUGCCUGGAGUGGGAACAUUCGUAGCCUGUCUGGUCUUACCUCUGGAGUGGGGCAUUCUAAUCGGUGUUGGACUAAACGUCAUCUUCAUUCUGUACCAUGCGGCGCGUCCCAAGCUCACUACCGAACUGCUGACAACACAGUCAGGCGUGGAGUACUCCAUGAUCACCCCAGACCGCUGCCUCAUCUUUCCAUCGGUGGAUUAUGUGAGGAAUCUGGUCAACAAGCAGUCCAUGCGCCAAAAUCUGCCAGUGGUCAUCGAUGCCUCCCAUGUGUAUGGAGCCGAUUUCACGACAGCGACAGUUAUUGACUCUCUGAUCACUGACUUUAACCAGCGGGGGCAGCUGCUCUUCUUCUACAACCUGAAGCCCAGCAUUUGCGCCAUAUUCGAGCAGGUGUCGGCGGCCCAGUUUGUGGUCUACUACCAGGAACAGCAGCUAGACGAGCUGCUGAAGGAGCGGCAAUACGUACAGAAACGCCUGGAGACGGCAUGAGGCAUGAACUCCACCUGAAUACGUGAUACUUCAUGAUUAGACUAAGUGUUUGCUUUAGUUAUUUAUGUAUUUGUAAGUGUUUAUUAUUAGACAGAACCCAAACACUAUUAGAAAUAAGUUU